AUGGAGAAUAUGAAUUAUGCCGAGGAGCUUGUGAGGGAAUUUUUGUUCUUCAGGGGAUUCACAAGCACUUUGCAAUCUUUUGAGAAAGAAUUGGCCACAGAUCUUGGCAAAGGAUUUCAAAAGGAUAAAAUCUUUGACCUAAUUUUUUCAGUAUACAUUCCGAAAUUCCAGCCAGAAAAUCUAAUUUCCCUGCUGACCUUUUUCAAGCAAUGUUUUUCUUCAUCCGAAACUGUCUUGAUUGCUACCUUGUCCAAAUUGGAGAUCUCUGUACUUCGAUAUUACAUCGUUUACGCCGUACAAUCAGGAAGAACUGACAAGAUUAUCGAGUUUUUUGGAGUUCAUGGCGAUGAUUUGCUGCAAAGAAAUCAAGAUUGGAUGUCGUGGUUUGCGAUCCCAUAUCUCAAGAACCCUAGCUUGGAUCCCCUGUUUCGUGUCUAUUUCUCGAAGGAGUGGUUUGAUGCACUGCAGCUUUCUGUUAGGAACUUCUUGAGUGAAAUCUUCAAUGGAACUCGCAUUCCUGCAUUGUUGAAGAUCAGUUCGGAAAAACUUACUGUGAACCACCUUAAGAAUGAUAUCAAGCAUCUUAAUACCAGACUGUCACAACUUCAGGCUUUGUUGGAGGAAAAGGAGGCUCAAUUAUGUCGGUCCAAGAGCAAUUUUUCAACUGCACGUCAACUAAGCAUUGGUGGUAGCAAUGAAUCCAUGUGCUCCUCACCCGAGACACUGUCACGCGGCGUGCCUAAAGAACCCACUGUACCAUCUAGGAAUCUUGGUGAAGCUCAUGCAUCUACCACUCAUUUGAGUGGGAGGCAGUCCUCAGACAAGGAUGUUGAUAUACCUGAGGCUCAAGGAGUGAGCCUUGCAAGUAGCAGUUAUGGUGGACAGAGUGAUGAAAAGAAUAGUUCUUCUGUUGGAAUUGAUGAACUUCAGCAAGAAGAAGAUUUCCCAGAAGUGAAAGUAGACUUCCAGGAAACUUUCUUGGGCCACACAAGUCCAAUCAGUUGCUGCAGGUUUUCUACAUCUGGGGACAACAUCGCAAGUGCUUCUGUGGAUGGCACAGUCAGGAUAUGGACAUACGACGCGUCAACUUCAGCAUCAAGGAAUGCAACCAUCUAUUGUGGGGCCGAGAUUAUGUCACUCGAAUGGGAUUGCAAAUCUGACCGCUUGCUUCUCAUAGGCACUGCUGAUGGAGGUAUAAAAGCAUGGAAUGUUGAUGCAAAGAGAGUUGUGUGUGAUCUCAGUACAACUGAUGCAUUUCCAAGUGUUCUGGACCUAAAAUGCAGCCCUGUGGAACCAAUAUUUGUGUCUGCAGCAGCAUCUCGAGGGCAUGGCACAGGUUAUAUUGAUAAAUUGGGAUUUGCAUCAUUAACUGUUUGGAACAUGAGAACAUGGAAGGCAAUGACAGUCCUUCCUCUUGGGAAAGAUCCACCUGCUAUAACGUCACUAUGCUUCAACCACAAUGGGAAGAUUCUAGCAGCUGCUGCAACAGAUGGAAUGAUUCACAUGUUUGAUAUGUCAGCUGGCUUGCAAAUCACUGGAUGGCCAGCCCAUGAUUCUGCCAUCAGCUCUGUUCUUUUUGGGCCAGAUGAGACUAGCAUUUUUAGCUUAGGUACAGAUGGAAAGAUAUUCGAGUGGAGUUUGCAAAGUCAGGGUGAAGUUCUCUGGUCUAGAAAUUGUAACAGGUUCUGUAAUCCCCAGAAUUCACAGUAUCAUAGACAUGAAAUGGCUUUAGAUGCAAAUGGUAAACGACUUCUGGUGACGUCUGGUUCAGUUAGAGCACCAAUAUAUCAGGUUCGAGAUCAUACGAAUGGAAUGAAAAGCCUUCCCCAUAGUGCAGCCAUAUCAACCGUAGAUUGGCACCCAACUUUGCCCAUCUUCUUGACAGGAUCAGCAGACAACUCGGUCAGGGUCACAUCCAUCUUAUGAUGGUUUUCAGUUUGAUGUGUUUCGGUUGGUCGUUGGAUUCGUGAUGAUGAUGAGAGUAGUUUUGUUUUGGUGCUUUUGUGUGUUUAGUGUUUGAUAGAGGAGGGUGUUGUCUUAAUAUAAUAGUUCAAAUUUUCCCUUUAUACCGUAGAGGUGUAAAACACUCUUAAUGUUACAUUUUUUAACCACAAAA